CCUCACUAGACACGCCCGACUCACUAGAAAGAUCAGAUAUUUAGUAAGGAUUCAGCGCACUCAGUCAAAAUGGGCGACAAAACCUCCGCCAAGUUCCUCUCCCUCGGCGCCAUCAUCCAGGAAUUCAACGUGGACGGACAAAACAUUGUUCAGGGUUUCGCCACGAAAGAAGACUACGAGAAGCACAACUCGCCCUGGUUUGGCGCGAAUAUCGGACGUGUUGCCAACCGCAUCAAAGACGGUGUUAUUCAGAAUCUCAAUGGACAGUCGUAUCAGCUCGAAUUGAAUGACCCUCCCAAUGCGCUGCACGGGGGUAGUCGCGGAUGGGGUCGCUGCGAAUUCGAUGGUCCAACAGUGUUGAACCGCGAUGGGAAGACUACCCUGCUGUAUACGUAUCUGAGCCGUGAUGGAGAGGCAGGAUACCCAGGUACGGUGGAGUUCAGGGUCUACUAUACCACGAGUGAGGAGGUGGAGAAGGGCAAGACUACGUCGGUGCUGAAGAUUGAAUAUGAGGCUGAGUUGGUGGGCGAUGAGUGCAAUGAGACGGUUGUUAACUUGACCAACCACAGCUACUUCAACCUCAACGGCGGCCCAACCACCGAAGGCACCAUCAGUAAACUAUCAACACAGGACUACCUACCACUAGAGAACGGCAUCCCACUGGGGCCCAUCGAGCCCUACCCCAGCGAAGUCACCAAGGACUUCACCUUCGGCCCGCAGAACCAAUUCGACGAUGUCUUCGUCAUGGACCGCGACCUGUCCCGCGUUCCCCUCGAUACGCGGGGUGAGCCCCUCCGCCUGCUGGCCGAGUUCCAGCACUCAGACACGCGCCUGCACCUGCAAGUGCACAGCACGGAGCCGGCAUUCCAAUUCUACACGGGCCAAGGCAUCGAUGUACCCGAAACAGACGGGAAGCCGAGUCGGGGCCCUUUUGCGGGGUUCUGCAUCGAGCCCAGUCGGUUUGUCAAUGCGGUCAAUGAGCCCGGAUGGCGGCACACGGUCGUUCUCCCGAAGGGGCAGAAGUACGGUAGUACCAUCGUGUAUAAGGCCUGGAGGGAGUGAUCCAAAACAGAACCAGAACCAUAACGAGAACCCGAGGUAAACUGCCGGGAAAGAGUCAUGCCACAGUGAAUCAAUAAACGGCCGAUCGGUGGAGAGAGUAGUUAGUGCCUAGGCUCGGCAUGGGCGUGGACGUACGUCGCCGAGGCAGGGACAUCUAUUCUCUAUGUAGAAAUACGGAACUCUCCGUCUUUUAAUUCCGCUGAUCUAAUAUGUACUAGCCAGAAAAUCCUCGACAAUAAUGAUUUUUUUCUUUUUGAUCUGAAAAAAAAUUUCUUGGCAAUCAUCCGAUUAUCCAUAGCAUCACAUGAUCACAGCGUGCCGAU